ACCUGGCAACCCUGAGCUCUCAGUAGGCCGACAGUCGCUUCCUGUGCUUCAGUUCCGUGGAAGCAAACCGCUCAGACAAAAUGUUGGUCCUUGUAUUAGGUGACUUGCACAUUCCUCACCGAUGCAACAGUCUACCAGCAAAGUUUAAGAAGCUGCUGGUGCCUGGCAAGAUUCAACACAUCCUCUGUACAGGCAACCUCUGUACGAAGGAGAGCUACGACUACCUGAAGACGCUGGCAGGAGACGUGCACGUCGUCAGAGGAGACUUUGAUGAGAAUCUGAAUUACCCCGAGCAGAAGGUGGUGACUGUGGGCCAGUUUAAGAUCGGGCUGAUCCACGGGCACCAGGUGAUCCCAUGGGGCGACAUGGCCAGCCUCGCCCUUCUCCAGAGGCAGCUGGAUGUGGAUAUUCUCAUCUCCGGUCACACGCACAAGUUUGAGGCCUUUGAGAACGAGAACAAAUUUUACAUCAACCCUGGUUCAGCCACAGGGGCUUACAAUGCACUGGAGAGCAACAUCACACCAUCCUUUGUUCUGAUGGACAUCCAAGCGUCUACGGUCGUCACGUACGUAUACCAGCUCACCGGGGAUGACGUUAAAGUCGAGAGAAUCGAAUACAAGAAGUCAUAAAGACCAUCAAAGAAAAUCAGUUGCCUCCUUCUGAGAUGUGUUUCGUCUUAUUCUUUACUCAACUACAGCCCGGAGUCUCGGCCUAUUGCAGAUGCUGUACAUUAGCAUUCAGAUAUUUUACUGAAGUCUACACCAUUGUUUAUAUGUACGUCAUCAGCAUUUCCUUGUGUUCUCUUUAUCAGCAGGAUGCAAUAAUGUUGUUUUUUUUUUUGUUUGCUUGUUUUUUGCAUAAUGUUAGUGAUUAAUUGCACCAUAUGUUAUGUCAUAUUGACUUUUCAAGGCUAUUGUCAUCAAUUCCAAGACCCUGAUACAUACAAACCAUGUGAAAUAUUUCAUACAAUAAAAAAAAAAAGUGACUGAUCA